AUGGUGGACCGACGCCCGACCGUACAGCCGGUGCCGGUGCCCCGAGCUCGCUCCAAGCGCCACGCGGACGACGUCAAGGUGCUCGUGUCGGUCAGCAGCAUUCGGCUGCGUCGCGGCAGCGAAACCAAAUACGAACUCUCCUUGUCCAAGCCGCCGCUUCCCCACCACUGCGUCAUCGUAUCCAUUAGCUUUCCCAACGUGCCUGGCAUUUCCGUGGUGCCCGCCGAGGUCAUGUUUACAGGCGCCCACCGCAAGCCGCUCGAGAUCAACGUCCACGCCACAGACGACGUCGACUUGCAGCGCUUCAAGCUCGAGCACCGCGUCAAGCGGACGAAACACUGCGACACCCGGUACACGUCCUGUGCCGUGACCACCCUCACGGUCCAGAUCCUCCGAAAAGACUCUCUCUUUGUCUUUACCUUUGGCUCCAACUUGCACGGACGACUCGGAACGGCGACACCGACCGCUGCGUGCACGCCGACGCCGCUUCGCUGCAAGUGGCUCUUCCCCGUUCAAAUCGCAUGUGGCCGCGAACACUCGGCCAUUGUCGACAUCAACUCGCACCUCUACUGCUUUGGACGGGGCAGUGAAGGGCAACUGGGUCAGGCCCACGUCGACAACGUCCGAGUACCGGCGAUCGUUGCUUCACUCGUGCAGCAUCAAGUCUUUCACGUCGCUUGUGGCGCCAACCACACGCUUUGCUCGGUCGACGGUGGCCGCGUGUUCGCGUGGGGUGAUAACACCUACGGCCAAUUAGGGGUCGGCUUCAAGGGUAAGCAGUACCACGUCCCGAUCCACGCCAAGCACCUUCCGUGCGCGGCGAGCUCGAUCGUGUGUGGCGGCGACCAGUCGUUUAUCAUCUCGCAGUUCCACCACGUGUAUGUGGCCGGGUGCAACCUCGCGGGGCAGCUCGGACUCGGCGACAUGGUCACUCGACGGCACUUUACACUCAACCCGCACCUGCAGCAUACCGAGCGCCUCGCUGCCGGCACCUACCACGCGAUCGCCUCGACGCCGACGCAGGUGCUGGUGUGGGGUCACACCGCCAACGGACGGCUCGGUCUCUCAAAGCCUCGGACGGAUUUCAUCACGUUUCCGACACCGCUCGAGAUGUUUGCCGACGUUCGCGUCAAGGAAGUGGCCGCCGGUGGGAUGCACACGGCGCUUCUCACCCAGGCCGGCGACUUGCUUCUCUGGGGUGGCAACAACUACGGCCAAGUGGGGGAUGGCACGACGAUCGAUAGGCCUCGGCCCGUGCGCCUGCGACUCUUUGAGGGAAAAUGUGUUCGCGCCAUUGCACUCGGCGAGUGGCACUCGAUGGCACUUGGUGACGACGGCUGCGUCUUUGCGUGGGGAUUCGGCGAAGAAGGCCAGCUCGGCUUGGGCGAAGAUCGCAACGCGCACCUCCCAAUGGUCGUCCACGCACUCUCGGGCACGGCGCCACUACGUGUGCACUGCGGCUCCGUGCACAGCGUCGUCAUCACGUCCAUUGAAGUGGCCAACAAGAUGCAACAAGAAAAAGACCGGGAGCUCUCGGAGCUCCAUGCGCAGCACGAACACCGGCGACUCCUGAGUCGCAAGUCGAUGCUCUGGAAAGGCCGGCGUCCGACAACCAAACUUCUGGACACAUCAUCAGCACCGACAUCUGAGAGCACAAGUUUUGACGUCCACGCGGUGCCGGCGACGAUCGAAGAAACCGAAGAGAUCACACCACUCUCCGACGACUCGCUUCUGCAGUGUCUCGACGACGAGAUGCAGCACUUGACGGUGGCAACCGUCCAGCGCCCGCCCCAACGUCCGCGGCGCCCGCACACGGCCCGGCCCAUUCGAACGAGCACGGCGCCAGUGCCAACGUCGUGGCGUGACCGCCCCAUGACCUCGCGGCUCUCGCUGCGACUCGCACUGCGGGAGGAGUUCCACGUCCUGGGUGUCAUGCAGCGGCCAGUGACGCCGCAGAUGGACAAGACGAUGGUCUACGACCGGCUGCACCACCGGGAAAAGCUGCUUAUGGCGCCGCCACGCGACCCGUUCGACUUGAGGUCGCCGGCGAAUGGACGUCCCCGCCGACCGUCGACGGCGCCGCCGAGCCGCCGGGACAUGACGUCGAGCCCAGCAUCACCGGUCGUGCUUCGUGUCGACAGCCUCACGGCGCUCCUCGACGAAGACUUGGCGUCGACCCCACGCCCCGACACCAGCGCCGACACGCUCUCGAGCCCAACCAACUCGUCACAAUAGCAAAGACACCGAGAG